AUGAGAAGCCCAAGGGUCAAGAUCCAAGACCCUCUUCUAAGUGGAGAGUGGUCUUCUUUUAUAGGUGAGGAGGAGUCUUCACUUCUUGUGGUUUUCCAAUUUGGGACUCCUCUUGCUUUGCUUAAAGUUAUGACUUGUGGUAAUGCUUCUUUGGUUAAGGUGAUGACCUCUCAAAGCAUAACAUGUAGAUGA